CUAACAUAACAGGCAGUGGAUGAACAUCGCUUUAUUUUACCUAUACAAUGAAGAAAACUGCUUUAACCAAGAUGUCUUCAAGUGGGUUGCAGUGCUAGCCAUUAACUGUUGAGGAUCUUAUAGUUUCUGUAUACCUGAAAGAGCUUAGUGGAGCAUCAUGGGCUACUUACAAUGUAUUCUCGGCGUUCUUCUCUUGCAAUGUCAGAUUGUGUUUACGCAGGAAGCAGCAGAGUCACUUUGUGGGCCGGCACAAAUCAAUCUGACGGACACAUACCUGCUAAACGUGUCGAUUCGUGACCACCGUGCCCAGGACUGCGUGUGGCUAGUCUCCAACAACCCCGGUUCAGUCACUUACAUCGAUAUUCUAAAUGACGUCUUCACUAAAGGCGGCACCUUCAAGGUCGGCAGAGGGCGCUACAGCGAGAAUCCUUCAUCAGUUAUUCAUGAGCUUGACAGAAGUCUGCGGAAAGGCGGGACGUCACUGCUUGUCAUUGAGACUAACUUGUGGAUAAGAGCUGCGUGGACUGAAUCUUUUUCGUUGAAUGGUUCUCUGGAGGUUCGUAUCCGGUCUCAGAACUACUCAAAUAAUGAAGAAGUUGAAUGCGACCCCGAGCAGGUUUUGUGUCUCUCCAACUUGAUAUGUCUCUCCAAGACGUUGGUCUGUAAUGGCAUUGUGGAAUGUUCCGAUUACUCUGACGAGAGUGAUUGUGAUAUUUGUGGUACCAAAAUUAUUCCUUUGCGAAGGAGCGAAACUUCCACGAUGCUAUUCCAAAGCCGCUCCGGCCAACUUGAAUCGUCUUUUGUUCUUUAUCCCGGAACAUCCGAGUCAAUCCCCAAUGCUACAUUAUAUGACGUCAUCGCGAUGCAUCAAUUAGUGUUGCCUCAGUAUUGCAUGUGGAGACUAUCGGAACAACUCGGAACCCGAAUUCGGAUCGAAGUGCUGGAAUUUGAUGGACAAGUCGCGAAUGUGUCCAUUGGGGAUGGAGUAGAUCCGUUCGACGUUCCGGUCUCUAUGUUUAAUACGGAUCGUCCCCAGACUCUCCGUACUGUACUGCCCUAUACGACCUUUUCAAUUAGUUCCGAAGUUUGGAUCAAGCUUGAGAUCAAAGGACAGUUUUCAAGAUUGAGGAUUUUGUUCACACCGUAUGAUGUAGUAGAAUGCGAUGAAGAUGAGUACGCAUGUCCGACUGGUCUGGACUGUCUGCAGAAUCACUCGUACGUGUGUGAUGGACGGAGGGAUUGCGCCACCAACGAGGACGAACUGGGAUGCGGGCGAUGCGACCCUUUGUAUUUUGAAUGUUCUUCCGGUGAGUGUAUUCCGAAUCCUCGAGUCUGCGAUGGUUUUGCGAAUUGUCUGGACUUUAUGGACGAAUGGAUGUGUGGAUACUGUGGCAACGACACAAUAUACACACGCCCUGACGUCAGCCAAUUGAUCGAGUACACCCAUGAGUCUGCAGCGUGCGUCUGGUUCAUCAUCGCCGAGCCAGGCUCCAGAAUCCGGGCCAAGUUUCUAGAGAUUCCCACUUGCUCAAUGUCCUUCCUCGGAGGAGGUGAUGAUUUAGAAAUUUACUCGUAUGACAAAGACUUGAUUAUUACUGAGUUGAACUUCACGAGACUGGUGUACCCGUCUUCGAUUACCGCUGAUGGGUCUAUGUGGAUCACAUUGCAAUGUCGAUGGGGUUUAAUGUGGAGUCAAUUACUACUAGAAAUAUCACAAUAUAACAACAUUGAGUGUCUCUCGGAGAAAGAAGUUCUCUGUGCAUCAGGUCUUGCUUGUAUUCAGAAAACAGCUCGUUGCAACGGAGUAACAGACUGCCCAGAUCAUUCCGAUGAGAUUGGUUGCGGUGACUGCACUGAGCUUGAGUUCUCUUGCCGAUCGGGGCAACAGUGUGUUUCCAGUCACCUGAUUUGCAACGGGUUCAGUGACUGCACUGACUCGUCGGAUGAGUUUGAAUGUGAGCCAUGUGGAGCCAGCUUUAUCAACGUUAGCACAGGUACCCAGAGAACAAUACCUUCCCCCGGCUGGCCAGAUGAGCAAUAUCCAAACAAAGCUCGUUGCCUAUGGCUACUAGUGGCAGAAGUGGGAUACAGAGUAGUUGUCACGUUCACGAUGAUGGACUUAGAGGAAAAGUACGAUUUUCUCAAAAUUGGAAACGGCGAUACCUUUGCAGAUCCAUUUCUAAAGUUGACCGGGAAACAGUAUCCCCUGAGUGUAGCAUCAAGGGACAACAUGAUGUUUCUUACAUUCGACAGCGAUUCCUCAACUUCAAUGGGCGGCUUCUCGCUUCAGGUUACGCAAGAGAAACACAACUCAGUUGGAUGUGGAUACAGUGAAGUUGCUUGCGACAUAGACGACCUCGUCUGCGUCAGGCACGACACAUCAGAUGCGGUGUGCUCACAAGACACCUGUGGUAUUCGUGGAUACUCAUUAGAGCAUGACGGCCAAACUCUGACGUCACCAGGUUACCCUGGCAACUACCUACCAGGGAUCGACUGCGUCUGGGAAUUCAAAUCUGAUACCGUCGCUCAUGGAAUUAUCGUCUCUAUUGUGGAAUUCGAAACUGAAAGUAUCCGAGAUGUGGUUCAAAUCGAAGGACUUUCUUUAAUUCUUGAUUUGGAGUUUAAUUUUUUCCUGGAGGGGACCACUAAGCUGAGGUACAUUGUCUUUGAUAAGAAACGUCCGGUGUUCAUCAGGUUUACCUCAGACUCGACGGUUUCGUUCAAGGGGUUUCAACUACAAAUAAGUGUGUAUGAACCAAUCGCUGGUUUCAAUGGAUCACUUUGUCAGGGAGAUGAUCUGUUCAGUUGUAGAGACGGGUCAUGUGUAACAAUAGACGCCAAGUGCGACGGGUUUAGAGACUGCGAAGAAAAUGGAGUGGAUGAAUAUCGGUGCUCCGAUGUACGAUGCCCGACGUCAUACCGAUGUGCGGACUCGUCGGAGUGUAUCCAUUGGAAACUAGUGUGCGACGGUAAAUCGGACUGCCCAUUUGAUGACGACGAAUCCAAUUUGACAUGUGGUAAUGAGUUCACAACGUUUGAGAAGCUAUCCCUCGCUCGUCGUUUUUUGGAUUGUACUAUAUUGAAAAUGUUUGCAUUCACUUUCGAUUCAUUAGAAAAUCGAUGUCCGCCCGAUUGCGAAUGCGAGGUCAACAAAGGCAACCUUAUCGUGCAAUGUUUACAUGGCUGGAAUGCCACAACUAUAGCUAGUAUCGUCAAAGGAACCAAACUCCUAAAUCUGUCCAAUGCUAACAUCAGCGUUCUCGAAAUGGGACUCUUCAAGGAAUUUUCCUUCCUAACAGCCCUAUAUUUGAUAGGAAAUGGAAUCGACUCGAUUCUGGCGGGUACAUUUUCCGAUCUGCAGAAUCUAACCUUCUUGGACAUUUCCAACAAUCCAAUCUCCAGCAUUGCCCCGAACAGCUUCUCGGACCUCCGGAGUUUGAAAACCUUGGUCGCGAAGAAUGUUCCUCUGACCACGAUAGACACCAACGGUUUCAAUGGACUGGUGCACUUGCAAAACUUAAUGCUUCUGAGGGGCGGGUUGCCGAGUGAUGAUCCAGUGGAUGUACGUGAGGGUGCACUCGGUGACCUCAAGAGCUUAUCUUUGCUCUACGUGGAUGACUACCGUCUCUGCUGUGAGUUUCUUUCUGCAAUCAAGCUAAACGUUUCGCAGUGCAUUACCACCGAGUUACAGCCACCGCUCAGCCUCUGUGGCAGUCUCAUGCAGAACCCACUGCUUCGCGUCUCGAUGUGGCUAUUAGGACUUAGCGCCCUCAUCGGCAACAUCAUAGUUAUCGUCUGGAGGUGUAGAGACGGUAAUGAGAGAGGCGGGAAGAAGACCUAUUCAUUCCUAGUGUUGAAUUUAGCCGUAUCUGAUUUCAUGAUGGGUGUUUAUAUGCUGAUUCUUGCCGUGGCUGAUGUGUACUUCGGUGAGAAAUACGCGCGGCAGGCGCACGCGUGGAGAUCGAGUGUGGUCUGCAAGAUCGCCGGAGUACUGUCGGUCGUAUCAAGUGAGGCCUCGGUGUUUUUUGUGACUAUCAUAAGUCUAGAUUGUUUCUUUUGCAUUGUGUUCCCUUUCAGUCAGAUUAAACUCAGGGAGAGAUCAACUAAGAUCAUCGUUGCUGUGAUGUGGUGUGCCGCUAUUGGUCUUAGCACUGGACCAACGGUUUCCGUUGGCGACGGGGAUUCGAAUGUGUACGGACUGUCUGAUGUCUGUAUCGGGCUACCGUUGAUAACAAAAUCAACAGGGUUUUCCCUUGAAACCAGUUAUAUCAUGAACCCACUCGGUGACUUUGACACGAUAUCGAUCCCCGUUGCCGAGGGGAAAGAACCCGCGUGGAUCUACUCCAUCGUUCUGUUUCUAGGGGUAAACCUACUCUGUUUCGUCAUCGUUUUCUGUUGCUACGUCGCCAUCUUUGUCAAGGUCAAACGCACAGCGAGUAAAGUUCGCGUCACGGCGCACCGUACUCGCGAAAUCAAAAUGGCGGUCAAGAUGGCGCUGAUUGUUGGGACUGACUUCGCAUGCUGGAUGCCGGUCAUAAUAAUGGGGAUUCUGUCACAGACGGGGGUGGUGGAAAUAGGCUCAGACAUCUAUGCUUGGAUUGUAGUCUUCAUAUUGCCCAUUAAUUCCUCCUUAAAUCCGUAUCUCUACACGCUGUACACGACAAUCUCAGCACAGCGCAAUGCGAAGAACUUAAAUACCGAGAUGUCAAAGUCAGUAACGACUGAAAUGAAGACUAAAUCCAUGGAGACGUUGAGUUCCACUGUGUCUGAAAACAGGCCCCAUUAGGAUAGAAGACUUGUUCAGUUCACAUCUUCAGAAUUAUUCAAACAAAAUAGAGACUUGGCGAAACCAAAAUACUUUUUACAUAGUUAUACAAUAUGCGAUUUUCCAUAGCAAUUAUAACAAAGUUGUAGCUUGUGUUUUUAUCGUUAGUCCUGUAUGUUCAUUUCUUGUUCCAUAUCAUGUUACUUAAUUUGUACCAGAUGGGCCGAAAACUAGUUAAUAAUCAGCUUAUUAUAACAAUUAAAAUAUAUAUGUUACCAUUUUUACUAUAAUUAGGCUAUACUUACUUUACUAUUUCCCCCCAAUUUCAUCUCCACUGGUUGGUGUUUCUGCUAAUAUUUGACAAUAUUAAGGGGCCUUAGUUUUAGUACGGUUCUUGUACAUCGUUUGCUUGCCAUCGUUUAUACUAAUUUUCACUAUAAUUUUUGAUUUCACAUGUGUUUGUAUAGUAUAAAUAUGAAGUUGUGCUUUUUUUAUUAGCAUUGUCAGGAGUGCACAUCAGAUGACGUUUUUUAAGACUGUUGCUUUCUCUACGCGGACUCUGCUUGUUAUAAAACUUACUUUAUUUAUUUACCAUUAUUGUAAGCUGAGAACCAACCUGUCUUUGCGUAAGUGAGUUAUUGUUGUUUAAGUAUGUUGAGUAAAAAUAUGAGGAAAGUUGUGGUUCUAGAUUUGUACGAUAUUUUUUUUCUCCAAAGGCUAUCAAAAUAAAGCUUUUAUCACUAAAAUAUGUGUUAUGAUGAAUAGACUAUAAUUAAACAGUUGACUAAGGUUUAAAACAAUUAGUUUCAAUGUUAUUUACAAACUUGAAAAUAAGCCCAAUCCGAGAGGGCGCUGUUCGUGACGUCGAUAGA